CAAGGGACAGAGUUUCGUCGUGUCAGCAGCCGUUACAUUGGAUAAUCUCGUGACUUUUUUUUUUUUUUUAAUUUUUUCUUAUAAAUUUUUUGUUGAGUGUUCGAUUCGGUAUUAUCUGUUUGAAGCUUUUCCAGUUCUUUGUUAGGCAUAAAAACGUGUGAAAUUAAGCGACAAUUCGUUCAUCUCUUCCGAAAUGGUAUCGAUUUUGAGGAGAUCGCCGAAACUGUUGAACUCCAUUUGUAGGAGGCGAUUUUCUGCUUCCUCUGAUGGAAAUCUUACGAGCCAUGGAGGAAAAUCUAUGAAUCUGUAUUCUGCUAUCAAUCAAGCGCUUCAUAUUGCCCUUGAAACUGAUCCUCGUUCUUAUGUGUUUGGAGAAGACGUGGGCUUCGGUGGGGUCUUCCGUUGCACAACUGGAUUAGUGGAUCGAUAUGGAAAAGAUCGAGUUUUCAAUACCCCUCUUUGUGAGCAGGGAAUUGUUGGCUUUGGCAUUGGUCUUGCAGCAAUGGGAAAUAGGGCCAUUGCAGAAAUUCAGUUUGCAGAUUACAUUUAUCCAGCUUUUGAUCAGAUAGUUAAUGAAGCUGCAAAGUUCAGAUAUCGUAGCGGAAAUCAGUUCAAUUGUGGUGGUUUAACAAUUAGAGCCCCAUAUGGAGCUGUUGGUCAUGGUGGUCAUUAUCACUCACAAUCACCUGAAGCUUUCUUCUGUCAUGUUCCUGGAAUUAAAGUUGUCAUCCCUCGAAGUCCAUACCAAGCCAAGGGAUUGCUACUUUCAUGCAUCCGUGAUCAAAACCCUGUUGUAUUUUUUGAGCCCAAGUGGCUUUACCGUUUGGCUGUUGAAGAAGUUCCUGAGCAUGACUUCAUGUUGCCUCUAUCAGAAGCAGAGGUGAUCCGAGAAGGCAGUGAUAUUACAUUGGUUGGUUGGGGAGCGCAGCUUUCUGUUAUGGAACAGGCCUGUAUUGAUGCUGAAAAAGAUGGAAUCUCCUGUGAACUGAUUGACCUGAGAACUCUAAUACCAUGGGAUAAGGAAACGGUGGAGGCCUCAGUUAAGAAGACUGGGAGACUUCUUAUUAGCCAUGAAGCUCCGGUUACCGGAGGCUUUGGUGCUGAAAUAUCCGCUUCCAUUGUUGAACGCUGCUUCUUACGGUUGGAGGCCCCUGUUUCCAGAGUUUGUGGAUUGGACACUCCAUUCCCUCUUGUGUUUGAACCAUUCUACAUGCCUACUAAGAACAAAAUAUUGGACGCCAUCAAAGCAACUGUAAAGUAUUAGAUCAAAAAAUUGCCGCUUUCAAGCAGACAACAAGAAAUGUUCUCAUUCCAUCAGUCUCUAUCGAUGAACUAGAUGAUGUAGCCUUGAUGAUGUCCCAUUGUAGGUGGCUGUAAGGGCCUUCUCUUGUUGAAUAAGAUAGUUUGAGUCAAUGAUGGCUGGAUAUCAAGAUCCUUGGCAAUAAAAAGUUACUAUAUUUAUGAGAGUA